UCAGGCGCCCAGAAACCAGUCUAUAUAUGGCACAGAGGACUUGACGCUCAUGUUCGUCAAGAGUUCCAGAACAUCUCCCUAUCACUGUGCCUUGCCGCUGAAAUGCUCAGGAAUAAAUCAGCAAACCGUCUCAAGCAGAUCACAGAGGCUGUGAGAGGGUCAUCAGGCAGUCUCCUUAUGUCAGGUCGAAACGGGUCUGCAAGUGAUGCAGACUGCCGGAUAUCUGAGGACUGCCACACCCCUGACGUGGAGCUGAUGGAGUUGGGACCGCUGCUGGAGGAGGGCAAGGGUCGCCAAGCAGCAUCCAAAGGCUCUCAUGCUGGGGGGGCCUCUUUGCUUGCGGAUGAGGACGAGGAUGAUGAUGAAGUGGGAGAGGUCUUGACUUUACCACUUCAGGCUCAUCACGCCAUGGAGAAGAUGGAGGAGUUUGUACACAAAGUGUGGGAAGGGCGCUGGAGGGUCAUCCCCUUCCAUGUGCUGCCUGAGUGGCUUAAGGACAAUGACUAUCUCCUUCAUGGACAUCGACCUCCAAUGCCGUCUUUCAGAGCUUGUUUCGGAAGCAUUUUCAGAAUCCACACUGAGACGGGGAACAUUUGGACUCAUUUGUUAGGGCUCAUCUUAUUCCUCUGUUUGGGCACAUUAACAAUGCUGCGGCCCAACAUGUAUUUCAUGGCUCCGCUGCAAGAGAAAGUGGUAUUUGGGAUGUUCUUCUUGGGAGCUGUGCUCUGCCUCAGCUUCUCCUGGCUGUUUCACACUGUCUACUGCCACUCUGAGAAAGUGUCACGCACCUUCUCCAAGCUUGACUACUCGGGCAUUGCCCUCCUGAUCAUGGGCUCCUUUGUCCCCUGGUUGUACUACUCCUUCUACUGCUCCCCUCAGCCUCGACUUAUCUACCUCACCAUUGUUUGCGUUUUGGGCAUCGCAGCCAUCAUCGUGGCCCAGUGGGACCGCUUCUCCACACCUCGUCACAGACCCACGCGAGCAGGUGUUUUUAUGGGUCUGGGACUUAGCGGCAUUGUUCCCACCAUGCACUUCACCAUCGAGGAGGGCUUCGUCAAGGCCACCACAGUGGGUCAGAUGGGUUGGUUCUACUUGAUGGGGGCUAUGUAUAUCACUGGUGCUGGACUGUAUGCAGCCAGAAUUCCUGAGCGCUACUUCCCUGGAAAGUGUGACAUUUGGUUUCACUCCCAUCAGAUUUUCCACGUACUGGUGGUUGCCGCGGCGUUCAUCCAUUUCUACGGCGUGUCCAACCUGCAGGAGUUCCGCUACGGCCUGGAGGGAGGAUGCACAGAUGACUCUCUACUCUGAGAAGCCCGACUGUGACUUACCCUUCACUUUUCUUGAUUAUUCCCUCAGACACACACUAAAAAUGCUGCUGGAAUUCUGCAUACGGCUCUUUUUGUACUUCUCGGUUGCUCACAUGGUAUUAGGGUUUUUAGUGUUUUUGAUUCUGAUUUGCUCCACUGAAGUAGCAUCAACAGGCCACUGUACCAUUAGGGACUCAUGAACUCCUUUUCCCCGCUGUCCAACAUUUUAUUUAAUGAAGCUCAAGACAGGAUUUUAAACUCUAGAUAGUUUGUCUUUUCAGCUCACUGACACCGCAACAGCUUCUUGGUCUGUCACAUGCAAAGCUGGGUGGCUGAGGUGAGCAGUAGCAGACACUCUGGUCGUCAUUCCUUCUCUCCUUUUUUAAAUGGUGCGGGGCCAGUUCCUGAAGUGUAGUUCCAGACGUGAUGCGGUAGCUGUGAUUUACCCCUCUCCCCCCCCCCCCCCGCAAUAAGAUUUUUUUAAUAAGCCCCACUCUCUUGAAUAAUGAAAUGUAACUUAAAUCUUGUAAAUCUUCUAUAUUGUAACAAGAAAAAAAAUCCGAAGACUCCUAAAAUUCACUCUAAAGUAUCACGGGCACAAUCCGAUGGCCUACAGCACCCCACUAGUCGUUCCUGGCCUUUGCACAAUGUACAGAUCUGGAUCAGUCUAAAUAUUUUGUUUCUUUUUUGUGUUUCAUUUCGGAUGCAAAAAGAGGUGUAAAUGUUCAAAGGACCCGAGUGUAAACUCUACCAUUAAAUCUUCAAAUGCGUGUUAACAAUGUCUUCUGUAUGAUUGGUAUGUCCUUCAAGUAUUUCUGUGCCUUAGGCCGAUGGAAAUGUUUUUCAAUGGGAUGGCCUAGCUUAACAGACAAGGGAGCUCCAUUGACUUGCUGAUUUUUUUUUUCCUGUUUCCUUGCCACAUACAAUCCAAUCAUCAGUGAAUUUACAACUCCAUUGAUAGGUUGUAUCAACUGCUGUUUAUGACUCCGUUUUCUAGAUCGACUUAUUUAAGCUUUAUUACGAAGACUAAAACUCUGUGUAUUCUUGACUUUGUGUAUUGUCCUGUGUAGAGAGUGAUACUGCAUACAUUUCACUGAAAUGUAGACAUAAAUAUUUAUUAAUGGUUAUCCUGGAAAAUUAUUGAAAUACAUUUUUUUUCCACAAGA